CCAUCUAGUCAGCCAAGCCGCUCCCUCUCUCCCGUAAUUCUGUUCUUUCUUUCAACCUUCACUUCACUUCUCCACAGACCUUCCCCCUUACCUCAUUUUAUUUUGCCCUCUUAACUUCUAUUCUAACUGCUGUUCCUUCUCUUGUUCUCCAUCUUUCGUUCACCGUCUUCACCCUAUUUCUCUUUUCUUUCCGUUCGAAGAGCAGUUAGCAUGGUUCGUUUUUGGCCCUUCAGCGGUGGUGAUGACAAUUCUCCAGAUUCGUUCGAGAGGAUCCUUUCGCAGCUUGCCACGCGGAUCGAAAGCACAUCCUCGAAGCUCGCGACGCUCCGCCAGCGCGCCCGCCGCUACAAGGCACUGUUCACUAUCUACUCAGUGAUUGGAUAUAUCCUCUACUGCAUAGUCAUCGUGCUGGUGGUAGGGUACCAGAACAUCCGGGUGCAUGAGGGCGGCGGUUUGGCAGCUGGGCCUGUAGGAAUCUAUGUUGUUCGAAAGCUCCUGGACCUCUACUACGGCGGACGGAUCGCAUCCACCGAAGCGAAGCUUGAACACUUUCAGGCAGAGCAACGCGCAACCAUCGAGAAGCUCAAGUCGAUCACGAAAUUCUCGACUACCCAGUCGUUGAUCGAGAAGUAUGGAGGGACCGCACCGAUGGAAGGCAUCCUAGCUCUUGCACCUCAACAGGAGAACAAGAAGUCCGUCCCUACCACUGCGCCAUCUCUCCGAGUCGGCGCACCACAGCCACCGAAGCAGCCGUCGAAGCAACCCGAGCCGCAGCAGCAACCACUACUCCCUCACCUCACACCCGACCAAAUUCGCAUCCAACAGCAGCUCUAUGCUCAGCAGAAAGCCGGUAUUCCACCCCAGUACGGUCAAGUCCAAGCGCAGCCCCCAAAGCAGCAGCCGCAGCCGCAGGCACCUACGCAAACACCCACCUCACUGAAACGCCAGUCAUCACUCUUGAUGCAAGGGCAAACGCAGCCUCCCUCGCAGCAGCAUCUCCAGCCAGAAGAAGCCACCGCGCCGAAAUGGUACGACCGCAUUCUCGACGUCAUUCUCGGCGAAGACGAGAUGUCUGCCAAGGCCCGGUUCGCGUUGAUCUGCAAGAACUGCCGCAUGGUCAACGGUCUUGCUCCACCUGGUACCCACUCCCUAGAGGAGAUGGACCAAUGGGGAUGUGCUAGGUGUGGCACUAUGAACGGCAGGAAAAAGUCUCGUACCAUGAUGAAGGAGCGGUCGGUGAGCCGCGACCAUUUGGAGCGCAAAGUAUCCUCUGGAAGGGUUGCACGCAGCAGGAAACAGGCGGAAUCGGCGCCUGAGGAGUCAGAGGCAUCCACUGUUGAUGACGACAACGACGCGGAGGAAGAGGCUCCCCUCGUAAAGCAGGAGGAGAGCGAAGAAGAGACUCCCAGGCCAAAGUCGAAGUCCAAAACAAAGUUCAGAUGAAAGGUCUGAUCUACCUUGGUGUACUUCAAUUUUGUAUUCUGUCCGUUUGUUCGUCUUGAAGGAGGCAGUUGUUGUUCUAUUCUACAUACCUGUGUCCAACCGGAACUUGUUUCCUUUUUCAUUUCUUGCUGGCAUCAUUAUUUAGCGAACCUGUUGUUUCUUCUUCCUUUACCUUUACCUUUACCUUUUUUUCUAUGUAUACUAAGGGGCGUUGAGUUGAAUGUGCGCAUCAUUGAGAAGAGAAAUCCCCAAAACUCUAAACUCCUAUUCUACACCGGGUUCCCACUAAAACUACUGUAGCUUUUAUCAUACAUAAAUUACAAUAUCUACCC